AUGGCGGCCGCCGCCUGGCUCAGCGGGGGCCUCUCCGGCCUCAUGUACACGGCCACCAUCUUCUCCGGGCCCUUCUGCGGGUCCAACACGAUCCGCCAGUUCUUCUGCAACGUCCCCCAGCUCCUGGCACUCUUUGACCCCAAUGUGAUCCUCCGAGAACUGGCAUUCUCGGUCUUCAUUUUGAGUCUCUGCUUCUUCUGCUCGUCAUCGUCUCGUAAAGUCGCUGAGCGAAAGGGGGAGGAGGAGAUCUGUGAAUUAGAGAUCUCGGGCACUGACGAGACGGCCCUGGAUAAUCGCACGGCACUGGCCUUCCUCAAGGCGAUGUUGUACGACCGCUACGUGGCCAUCUGCCUCCCCCUGAGCCACGAGGUCAUCACGAGCGGAGGGGGCCUUGGGAAGAUGGCGGCCGCCUCCUGGCUCAGCGGGGGCCUCUCCGGCCUCAUGUACACGGCUACCAUCUUCUCCGUGCCCUUCUGCGUGUCCAACGUGAUCUGCCAAUUCUUCUGCGACGUCCUCCAGCUCCUGGCGCUCUCUGACCCCAGUGUGAUCGUCCUAGAAGUCGGGGUCACAAUAUCCGCUGUUAGCCUUGCCUUCCUCUUUUUGGCCUCCAGCAUCGUCUCUUACAUGUACAUCUUCCGGGCCGUGCUGAGCUUGCCGGCCGCAGAGGUCCGGGCCAAAGCCUUCCCCACCUGCCUGCUCCACCUUGCCAUCGUGACUUUCUUUGUCUCCACGGGUGGCUUCGCCUACCUUAAUCCAAAAGGUUCUCCCGUCCUUGACCUGCUUCUGUCGUUGUUCUAUGCCGUAAUGCCUCCGUCCAUGAACCCUCUGAUCUACAGCCUGAGAAACAAGGACAUGAAGUCUACUUUGUGGAAAAUUCUGGGUGGAAAAUUGUGA